UUUAGUUAGUUCAUUUCUGUAGUUCGUUCGUGUCGGUUGUGGGUGUCAAUGUUUUUUAAUUUUAUUGACAACUUUAAAUAUUAAAAUUCGAAACGCGUUAUUUAAGAUAUAUAUUUAGAAAAAUAUAUAUUUAUUCAAAAAUAUAACGGUACAUACGAUUGGCGCGAAACAAGAAGCUGCUUAAGAUAUAUUUAAAAUCUAACUAGAUAAGCCAUAUAACGAUAAUAGCACGUGCUAACAGGUACUCGGCAAUUAACGACAGUUGCAAAAAAAAACACAAAAUAAGAAUAUUAAUAAAAUCGCGUGCUCAUACAUAUAUUUGCCGGCUUAAAAUAAAAAUAGUUGUGGGCGAAGAGAGUGCGAAGAGAAAAUAAGAGAGAGUGCCAAAAAAACGCCGCCUUGUUAAUUAUUAAGUUGCUGGAGCAUAUAUCUUUCUAUAUAUAAUCCUAUUCCGAGUGCUAAUCGUUGGGGUUUUUGCCCUAUGUGCCGCGUAUGAAAAGUUAAAGAAGAUUCGCUGGGUAAAACCGGUAAUUCUCUCUGCCCCUUCUCUCCGAAUAUUCUCCCAUUCUCCUUUUUGGCGCCCGUUCUGAGUUGCUUUUUGUUAUUGUUAAAAGCGGCUUGUUGCAUUUUCCCUUUCCACAUCUUACACGCUUUUGUUUUAGUAAUCAAAAAUAAACGUUAAAUUAUUUUAAAAUGUUAAGUGAAAAGAAAAAUUGUAUUGGUUCAUUUAUCGUGAGAGCUACCAAUUCGGCUUAAUAUACUUCGGAAGGUUCUAACGGUGCCUCUGGAAUUCCCGAAUGAUGAAAGGGGCACCGAUAAAAUUUCCGAUUCGAAAAAAAAAUAAUCGUCUCGUUCAUAUCAUUUCAAUAUUGGAUUUUAAAUGAGAGAUAGUGCCAAGCCUCUUAGUGAUCUUUCAUUUUUGUAAAUAUUUUUCAACAACAACCAAAAUACCAAUACCGAAUACCAAAGAAUUCCGAUAUUACUCAUUAUUUAACCGUCCUACCACCCAAAAUAACCGGUGUUCUUGUGAUUCAUAAAGCGUGAGGAAAAGUUUUCAGUGAAGUGUAGUGUCCAGGUGUAGAACCAGUUCCAGUUAAACGCGGAGAAUCAUGUCCAGAAAUAGGGCCGCCAUAGUCAGCGCCUUCCGGCUGUUCCUGCGACCCUCGACCACCACAACCCAUCGUAGUCUCGCCCUCCGCUUGGCCCCCGUCACGACCUUUGCCCUGCACUUACGGCCAGGCCAUGAGCUACAGCAGCAGCACAGAAGCUUUGCAUCUACGGCGGAGGAUGAUGAAGCGAGCGGUGGCAAAAAGUCGGACAAGCAUAAAAAACCGACGACGGGAGAUAUCACGCGACUCACUUUGACCGAGCUGAGGACGCGGCUAAGAGCCCUCGGACUGAGUGCAACGGGUCGAAAACAGGCCCUAGUCGAACGGCUAACAACAGCUACCAACUCUAGACCAACAACAUUAGCAACAACAACAACAACAACAGGUUCCAAUUUGUCGUCGAAGGUGUUCAUUGGGGAGCUCGUAAAUAAUUCCGACACGACCUCUGCCCCCGAAAACACUGAUCAACAAAAUGACGACAUCUAUGUGGAAUAUGUAAAUGGUAUGCCGCAUAUGACUGUUCGACUUCCCAGUCGCAAUGAACUCUGCCAGUUCGCCCUGAAACCCAUAUCCCACAAUGUUGGUGAUCUGUUAGCGAUGCUCAAGGCUGAGGAUCGAGGCAUCGAUCGAGCUGCGGUGAUCAACAGACAUGGUGUACGUAUUGCAUCGUCCUGUACCAUCGACAGCUUGCUGGAUGACUCCUUCAGCAUACAAAUCAAUAAUCGCACAUUGGAGGUUAAUCCACCUAAAAGAGAGAGGAUCACAGUGGAGUCUGUGGACAAAGUGGGUGAUGUGCGGAAGGUUAUUGCUCAGCUCUACGAGGCAUUCAACGUGGGGGAAUAUCAGCUGGAGAAGAGCAACCAACUAGCCAAAGAACUGGAAACCUUGCGCUAUGAACUCGAGCCACUGGAAGAAAAAAAACUAGAACUGAGCAAAAAGGCUGCUCGUCGUACCAACUUUAUGACUUGGAUGGGUCUGGGCCUAAUGUCCGUGCAAUUUGGAAUCCUGGCGCGUCUUACUUGGUGGGAAUACUCUUGGGAUAUCAUGGAGCCUGUUACCUAUUUUGUUACCUACGGCACGACAAUGGCAAUGUAUGCCUACUAUUGUGUUACUAAGAGGGAGUACAUGAUGGAGGACGUGAAGAACCGCGAGUACUCUUUAACCCUUUAUAGAAACGCCAAGAAGGUCCAAUUUGACGUAGAGCACUAUAACGAUCUGAAGCGAAAGUCGGCGGAGCUGGAAUACAAUCUCAGAAGGAUUAACGAUCCGCUCAACAUGCAAUUGCCAUCGCAUUUGGUGCGAACCCAGGAAAAUACACCACCAACUCAGAUCGAGGAAAAGACGGAGCGGAAAUAAACUUAAGGACUUCUUAGAAACCAGUGACAGGGGAAAAUGGAAACUCAAUCUAAUUUUAAAUCAACCAAUCCCUCAAGUUAGAUAACGAAAAUAAAAGGCCGCCUUUUAGCUACAGAAGUUCAGGUGAUCGAAAUGUUGUAGUCAACGUUUGAAAGGAUUUUCUAGACGCAUCACAUGUUGUGUAAAUUCAACUUUAGUUUUUCUCUUUAUGUUAACUAAAAUGUUUUAGUUGUUUAUUUAACAAUUAAUUAGCCUAAGCCAAAGUUUGACGAUAUGCAAAAACGCACAAGGUUAAUCUGACGCCUGCAGUCUUGAAAGCUGAUAACAUUAUUUUAUGUUUAAUUUUUAGUUAUUUAUUGCAAGUGAGAGAUUUGUUUUACGCCUAAGGCAACUAUUUUGUGUGCAAGUUUUAGCAAAAUAUAUGAAUUAUUUAUUGACUAUUUA